GUUAUAGGGUCGCGUGGUUUCCGCUCCUUGAGGGCGGGGGAGCGUCCCAAACGGAAGGUGGUUGUUGUCAGUGCCUCAGGUUUGAAACUGGGGGUCGGGCACCAGAGCCGUUGUCUGUCGCUGCAGGGCUCUCCCCCUCCCCCCUGCCACCGGUCCCUGCUGACCCCACCCUCCUCCCUCCCGUCCCACCUCCCGACCCCCAUCCCUACCCCGCCCCCCACCCCAGACCUCCCCCUCGGGUUCCUCGGCUGGGUCCGGCCCGGCCUCUGUCCUCCGCUCCGGCUUUUCGGGCCCGGAGGGCGGCCCUGCUGCCGCCGCCAUGUCCCUGCACGGAAAGCGGAAGGAGAUCUACAAGUAUGAGGCACCGUGGACGGUCUAUGCCAUGAACUGGAGCGUGCGGCCCGACAAGCGCUUCCGUCUGGCGCUGGGCAGUUUUGUGGAGGAGUACAACAACAAGGUCCAGCUUGUAGGUUUAGAUGAGGAGAGUUCCGAAUUUAUUUGCAGAAACACUUUUGACCAUCCAUACCCCACCACAAAGCUGAUGUGGAUCCCUGACACGAAGGGAGUCUACCCAGAUUUGUUGGCAACCAGUGGUGACUAUCUCCGUGUGUGGAGGGUUGGUGAAACAGAGACCAGACUAGAAUGUUUGCUGAACAAUAACAAGAACUCUGAUUUCUGUGCUCCCUUGACCUCCUUUGACUGGAAUGAGGUAGAUCCUUAUCUCUUAGGUACCUCAAGCAUUGAUACAACCUGCACUAUCUGGGGUCUGGAGACUGGUCAGGUUCUAGGGAGAGUGAAUCUAGUAUCUGGCCAUGUGAAGACUCAGCUGAUAGCACAUGACAAAGAGGUCUAUGACAUUGCAUUUAGUCGGGCCGGGGGCGGCAGGGACAUGUUUGCUUCAGUGGGUGCAGAUGGUUCUGUGCGGAUGUUUGAUCUCCGCCACCUAGAACACAGUACCAUCAUUUAUGAAGACCCACAGCAUCACCCCCUGCUACGUCUCUGCUGGAACAAGCAGGACCCUAAUUAUCUAGCCACAAUGGCCAUGGAUGGAAUGGAGGUGGUAAUUUUGGAUGUACGAGUUCCCUGUACUCCGGUUGCCAGGUUAAACAACCACCGAGCAUGUGUAAAUGGUAUUGCCUGGGCCCCACAUUCAUCUUGCCACAUCUGCACUGCAGCGGAUGACCAUCAGGCUCUCAUCUGGGAUAUCCAGCAAAUGCCCCGAGCCAUUGAGGACCCUAUCUUAGCCUACACGGCAGAAGGUGAAAUCAACAAUGUACAGUGGGCAUCAACUCAGCCUGACUGGAUAGCCAUCUGCUACAACAACUGUCUGGAGAUACUGAGAGUUUAAUGCUGUCGGGAGUCCAUGCCGAAGAGGCAGGGGCUAUGUUUUCUGCCCCAUCCCUUUCCCCAAAGUAAGAACAAGUUUCCAGUGGCCAGUAUGUCUUUUGUUGCUUUGCAUCCACUGUUCCCAGAAGCUGCUCUAGGAAUUUCUUGCCAGUCUCCCCGUUGCCUGUGCUGGACUCAGAACACAGUGAUGUGUGGAGCCUCCUUGGCCUCUGAGGUUGGGUUUCUUCUCCCCUAUUCUCCCUUGUUUUCUCAAUUAAAAAUUUCUGUAUAUUUGUUUGUCAGCUGUUGUGUUAAUGAGCAUUAUAAGCACUAGCUGUGUUUGUGUUAAUCUACUGCAUAUAUCUGUAUCUGUCAGCUGCCUAAGGCAGCAAAUCCAGUUCACUUGUUAGCUCUUAAAUGGAAAGAAAAUAACAAUUUUGAAGGAGUCUCUCCUUUUGUCAUUUGCUGUCUUUAAUACAUUUCAAGUUUGUAUUUUUUUUAAUCUGUUGAAUGAGUUUUUAUGAAAUGAAUUUUCUCUUCCUAAUUCUUUCUUUGUUAUUGAGUCCUUUCUGUUUCUCCCCUGUGCCUUGCAGGGUCCACAACUGGGUCUGGGCUGCUUUGAACUCAUGGGCAGAUUCCAUGCUUUGUUGGGUCAUUUUGCCUGAAUUAUUUGAAUCUAUCCUGAACACAUUUGUUGAUCUGUAGUGUGUUCGUCACACCUUUGUCUUAACUUGGUUCUGCCCAAGCAAGGUAUAUUUGACUCUAAAAAGGUUUCAAAUUGCAAAUUAAAGUACUACCUUCAUGCUCUCACCUGGUACCUAAGGAAUGAGUAGGGCAGAUCGGCUGUCUGUCAGGAGCCCAUUCUCUAAGGCAAUGGUGUCAAACUUAAAUAGAAAUGGGGACCACUAAUGCAUGUAUAAGGAUUCCUGCAGACUGCAUAUGGAGUUAGUUUUAAAAUGUAAUGUUAUUAGUUUUUUAUUUAUUGUAUUUUUAUUUAUUUUGUUAAAUAUUUCUCAGUUACAUUUUAAUCUAGUUGGGCCAUGUGUUUGGCACCUGUUCUCUCAGGGGAAUUUUGUCAGUAAAACAACCACAAAAAACAAAAGUUAAAUUUGGGGUAGAUUUCCAGUUUGGAAAUUUCACUGAAUUCCAAUAAUGUCAUAAUGUUUCCUGCCAGGACACAUCCCAAAGCUUUCCAUUUUCUAUCUUGUUUGAUUGGCAAAAAUAAUCUUUUAAGUUAAACUGAAUUGUUUCUUUUUGUUUGAUUUAAUGUGGUCUGGCAGCUUUGGAGACAGAAUGAAUUCUACAGGAGAUGAAGUUCCUUUUUGAAAAUAACAUGAUUCUGUUCUUUAAUCCAUGAUUAAGCUCUCUUAGAAGAGACACACAUCAGUCCACUCUGAAGUCUCAAGCCACUAAGAAAGUGACUAUUUAAAAGAAUCUUAGACAUUAAUGUCCUCCCUGAAUCUGCUGAACACCUGGGAAGUAUUAUGGCUUGUAAAGGGCAAGUAUUGGUUUCUGGUCAUUGAGUUUGUACUAUAGAAUGAGGAUUAUGUGAGACUAUCCUGUUGAAUGAUUCCUGGAAAUGGAUUUUUUACAGUUUUUUGGAGAACUUCAAAGAAGAGUUUGAGGAGUUGCCCACUGACUGCUAUCUGGAAAUAGCAGUCAAUAUUUAAACUCUGAGGUUCUUGUCCACUCCUAUUAUUUUGUCACCAAUUGCUACUGAGAAAUAAAACAGCUUACUUUGCUCUAUAAGACACUUAAGAGACUCCUAAUAGAACCUUCUUAUUCAGAGAGAGCUAUUAUAUAUAUAUAUAUAUAUGAUAUGAAGGGCAUAUCUUUAUUAUAUAGCAUUACUCACCCUAAAGUCAUAUUUAGUUCCUGACUUUAUGACUCCUUAUAUUUAAAGUUUUUUUCCCUAUUUAUUCCUAGGUUUGCAUUUUGAUGAUGAUGAUGAUGAAGUUAGGUCUUACUUAAGACUUUGAAUCCUGACUGAUCUUGGUUGCUUGUAUUGACCAAUCUUGGUAGUAGUCAGUACCUUCCAAAGGAAAUGUGAAUAAAAUUGAGCCCAUUAUUGUAGGUGUCUGCCUCAUGAUUGUGCUAACACAAGGAAAGGAGGAGCCCCAUUUAGCAGAGCUCUGUAUUAAAAUUCUUUGUUCUACUUCAUUUUAAACCUAGGGUUGUUAAAGAGAAAAUUGGUGCCAACUAGAUGUUAAAAACAACGCAGGUUUAAAAUUAUUAACAAGGAAUAUAUUUGAACAAAGAUGAUUAAACUUUUUAAAGCCAACAAGAAUUUUUUAUCUACAUUUUGCCCUCCAGACCCAUUAUUCUUGAUGUAAUUCAGAUCAUUUAAUUUUAGGUGUUCUUCCAGUCUUCCCUACCAUUGUGGCACAAGCUCUAUAUACCUCCUCAAGUUUCUUGCUCCAGCGUACCACCAUUUAUUUGGCUAGUAUUUGGCAGUCUCUCUUGGCCUUAUAAAAAGACCUCUCUCAGGUCUGGUCUCAUUCCCUUCCGUUUGAAAGAAUACUUUUCUUCUUUCUCUUUUUCUAGUCAUUCUCUCUUAUUCCCUAAAAUACAAUGUCCCAAAAGACUUAUUAGCUAUUUUAAUAGCUUAAAAAUAUACAAAGACUUUUAGGAUAUCCUGUAUAAUAGUGACUACAUAUAUUGAAGUUUUCCCAAAUAAGCAAAAUCUAAAUGUUUAGAUUUCUUGUUUAGACUUCUUUCCAGGGAGGAUGUCUUAUUUUAUUUUAUGUUACUUAUUUUGGGCAGUAUGGAAAGCCAGUGUUCACCUAGAAACUGUAUAUCCCUAGUGUGGAUUAAUUUCAGUCAAAGCCUGGUGCAGACUAAAAAGUUUCAUCACCCUACAAGGGCCUCAUCUUAAUUUCUUUCUUAGGUUCUAUGAAGCAAUUAUCAGCCAGCAAGUAAACUAAGCCUUUUUCUAACAGUGGUGCUGUUUUUGCUGAUGUGCAAGCAAAGAAAACUUUUCCAUAUAGCCUGUUAAUUGUGUUUUCAAAACAUCUAUCAGAUUUCCCAAAGAGAUACUGACAGUAGCCAACAUUAAACCUGGGAAAGAGACACGUCACAGAUAAUAUAACUAGGCAGAUGGGUUUGUUCUUUCUGGCCUCAAGAAACUACUUUGACUUUGCAAUUAGAAUUUAAAUGUUUUCAUCUGAAGUCAUACCACUUCCCACCUCCCAAAAUCAGUAGCUCUUAGAUAGUACUCUUCCAUCUAGUUGUGUUCAGUGACACCCUCUAUUAUAUCUUAAGCUCCUAUUUCACUUCUAACUAAAAAAUUUGGACUUUCAAUAGCUGAUUCAAGCUCUUCCUCACUUUCUCCCUCUUCCUCCUCACUCCUUUGAGUAUCUGUAUAAUACAAAUUGCAGAAUUUAUUUUAUGGAACUCCAGGCUGUCUAAAACUAGUUCAGCUCCGUAGGUUUGUUACAUUUUCAAUUUUUAACUGUUGUUCUUCCUCAAUUUUACAGUCCCCUGUUUCAGUUAAUUCAUCAUAGUUUCAACUGAUACAUAUGUAUAUACACUCAGGUUCUAACUUUUACUAGAUCUAAAGCUAUUGAUUAAAAAACCAACAACAACCUAGGACUUUUUAUAAUCUCUAACCUUGGUAGUAGAAGUUAUAAUUUUUAAUUUUUAGUUAACAUGCUUUACGAAUAGGAUUAGGCCAAUAUUUUGUUCUUAGAAAGAACAGUGAAAUAGAUUGGUCUUGUACAGUAUCAGAAUGAUCACAUUUAUUAUUUCUUUGACUUCAUUUGUCAAAUUGAUAAUUGUCAAGUAGGAAUGUUCCAUGCUCCAGUUCACCUGUUAGCUUCUCCCAUAAAUAGUUCUUGUCUGAAAUCCAUUUCUUCUGGAUUAUUAUGCUGAGGAAUGAAAUCAACUAUGGACUGAAGUUUUAUGUUAUUCUUGAUCCAAAGCAAAGUUAAGCAAAGUUCUCAAGUCUGGCCAGAGAAGCAGGUAGUGAAUAGGAAAAGAAAAACCCACAAAUUCAAGACUUUUGAGUGCUUCUACUAGUUUAGAAAUUAUGUUAGAGAAUCUGAUUACUUUUACUCAGUAACUUCAAGUAUAAGGCUAAAAGUGAUUUAUUUGCUAUCUUGGCCAUUUUUUUCUGUUAAAUUCUUAACUUUCAGAGGGUUUGUGAACAAAACUUGGAAAGGAGGAUUGUCCCAGAAAUUGUGGUAGUUUUAAUUAUUGUAAAAGUUUUUCAGAGCAUUAGAGACUACUAGAGUACAUAUGUGUAUAUUUUUUAAUAUGAGAGGAAUUUAAAGAAAAAAAUGGCUAGAAUGGACAAGUUUUUAAUGUUUUUUUUUUUUGUUUUUUGUUUUUUGUUUUUUCCCUGUUAGCAUCUAUGAAGGUGAUGUUGUUCUAGUAAGUUUUAAUUGACCUUUAGCUCUUAGGAACUUUACCUUUGGAUAGAAUAUACUAAUUUAAUAGGUAAGCUUCUGUUUACCUUUCCCCAAAUCAUAGCUCCCCUCAAUCAUGGAAAGAAUAAAUUGCAUUGUUGCAUGAUUUAUCUCAUUUCUUUCUUUCUACCUCGUCCCCUAUCAUCUCAUUCCUGUACACAUAUACAUUUUCCUUCUCUUAGAUUUUUUUUUAUUUUAACUUAAACUUUGAGUUUUUGUGUUCACUUAGUAACUUCUUCCUUGUUUGUCUGAGAAGAGAAGAAUUGUGGUAUUAAUCACACACUGGCAGGACUGGUCUAAUACCACUGCCUCUUUAGUUAUCUGCCCUGUUAUUUUGAAAGUAUAGCACAUGGCACCUUUUACUAGGGAUGUUUGGCCUGAAGGACCUUUGAAAAAAGUUCUCAAAAACAGAGCUGAUUUUCUUUGUGUUGAUUGUUCGUUAUGGGGGUAGGGGAGAGAUUGAGGAGAUAGGUAAAGUGGAUUUUCCUUGGGAGAAAGCCUGUUUAGAGUGAUAGUUGAUAAAACACAAGAGGGUGUUUGCCUUCUCUUGUUGGCUCGCUCAUUGACUGACUGUUACCUGUCCAAAUUGUUGUUUUUCUUAAGUGAUUUCCUAUGUUUUCUUUUUCCCUUAGCUACUAUAAA